GAUAUUGGGAUGAAUAGUUAAAGUGCAUGAGUCAUGCACGGUUCUGAAAAGACUGUAAAACGGUGAUGAUGUAUAUCUGCAGAAUUACAAACUGGCAUCUAUGCAUGAUUUUGAAACGAUGGGUAGUUUUUAAGGGUUUUCCCCUCCUCCACACCGAAAUUAACAUGAAGUUCAAAAGAACUAUUGAAUCACGCAUGGUUGAAUGUAUUCGAGUUGAAUAGGGAAGGUACAGCAAUUCCCCGGAUGUUCGAUUGACUGGUGUGUCACAGGUGUUUCAAUAUACGCGUGUGGUUGGCCAAGGCCUAUUGAUGCAGGAACACAAUGGACACCAGGUAUUAGCGGUGGGUGUUUUUAACGGUGGAAUCGCGGUGCUUAAGCUGGUAAAGUACCCCGACUGCAGUAAGCCUGGCCGGGACUUGUUGAGAUAAAUCAAGUGGAGAAAUGAAAUCGUGAGAUGUGACUGUAACACCGAGAAUUCACAUGUGUGUGACUGAACGGAAUGGCUCCAUUACCCACGAGCAUCUACCCGAACGAGAAACCACGCCGAGUUUCCAGUUAAAAUUCAUCGCGAAUUGAAGGACACACGUCUUGUUACUGUGUAUCUAACCUUGCUACCUGUGACAGUGCGACUACCCACAAAUUGGAUUGUUAUUUUGGAGAACAGUAAUCAAGGAACAUUCUGGUAGAUGGUGUUGAACAAGGACGAACGUGAACCAUCAGGUCGAAAGUCACAGAUACCUGUUGUUGAGGACCCUGACGUUGUUCACGUAUAACAUGUGACCGUCAGUGUGCAAUUGAUUGCUUGGGGCAAGUUGAUGUUGUGAUGCAUGUUACCGAAAUGGCGUCACAGAUGCGGUUUGUGCGUGUCCUGCGAUGGUUGAGUCUCCUGCUGAUUGCGAGUACGUCAGCGAACGGUCAAAUGAUAACAUUAAUCAAGAAACCACCAGAUGAAUAUACAUUACAGGGAGAAGUUGUUGUCUUCGAAUGUACUGUGACAGGUGUAACAGAUACAACAGGUACACAGAUGAAGUGGUACAAGGACGCAGCAGAGUUGAACUGUGAUGGCAGAUUUGUAAUUGAGGAACACAGUCUCAUCAUUAAUAACAUUGUGGUGGAAGACGCUGGGAUGUAUUCUUGUCGGUACGGGAAUGCAUCUAAAGAGGGUACACUCAAUGUCUUACCUUCUUCUUGGAAACCUCGGUGUGACAGAUCACCGAGUACGGGGAGUAUAACCACCGGAGACCAGUACGUCAUCACCUGUACCUCCACAGGGCACAUCAACACUUCCCUCCGAUGGUUCGGCUCGGGAAGUUCCAAUACCCUUGAUGUCAAAGUCGAGCGGCGGGAGAAGACGGUGUCCAUCAGUUACAACAGCACGGUCCAAGACUCGACCUCCCAGCUGCUCUUCAUCUGCGAGGCGAACUUGGGAAGUCUAGAAUUGAGCUGCUCCAUCAAUUUUGAAAGCGGGGUCAAUAACCAGAACGUCAUCCCCUUCGUGGUGGUGGGUCUGAUGAGUCUCAUCGCUCUCUUGCUCUUCUUCGUGGUGCUGUUUUUCCUCUUAAGGCGCCGCCAGUGCCGGUUCUGCCGGGAGCCCAUGUUGGAACCCAUCCAAAUCCUGGACGCUAACUCGCUCCAGACGGGGGCGUGGAUCCCCCCACCGGUGGUGGCUAUCGAUAUGGAGGUCAGUGAGGACGGGGAAUCGGUCAAGGAUGCACCCCACGUUUAUGAAGACAUGGAACGUGUCUCACUGCCUCCAGAUGUCGUGCCUGCGCAAGAACCAACGAACGAUGAUUCAGCUGAAAUUGACGUACCUGACGAAGCACCCAUUGUACAACCGGAACCAGAGACAGUCCCAGCCGUUGAAGCUGCACCUGUCGCAGAAUCCCCAGCCCAACCCAAAUCCAAGAAGAAAAACCUCACCAUCACCAAAAAUAUAAACCAGAACUUUGACAAGCCGACCCGGACACUGGAAAAGAAGGCGGUGCCGGUGACAGUGCCGCCCUCUGUCAUUAAGCCACGCCCAACACACAAGAGACAGAAGAAGGUCAUCAAACACUACAAGGAGUCGCCCGUGAAGGCUCGGAUCAAGACACCAAAGGAGCCCAUCUACGCGCAGGUCAAGAAACUGAACGUCCCAUCCAAAUCCGUUCCAAGCAAACCAGCUGAUGACAUUCCUUCCACAUCAACGGGGGCGGAGACCAGCCCUGCCCAACCCCCUAUUCUACCGCCCCGCCCCUCUUCCGAAGACUUUGACUCGAAGGACGCGAGCUCUACCGCAACAGGUGAAACAGAUUCCACGGACCAGACAACGCAACUCGAAAACGACCUCGGAAGGGGGAAUUCCAAGAAGAAGCGCAUAAGACAUUACCGGAAGAAAUCCGAAGACAUCAAGAAGAACUCGGGCCAGGGUGAUGUUGUGCUGAACAUACAAGCGACUAAGGAGGAACUUCCAAAAGAAGCAACACAAUCUCCGGAAGAAUCCAGUGGAACUUCCAAGAAGAAGAAAAAGAACAAGAUACCAGCUGAUCGCGUUAUCUAUGCAGAACUGGACUUCAGUAAAGAAGUCGGACUCAAUAUCCUAGAAUAAUUUUAAUUUUGAAGAGAGUUUUUUUCAUGUCGCAAUUAUUUAUCCUAAAUCGAGUACGCUGUGUCUUUAUUCAUAUCGAAAUCGUGGCUUUUCAUUUGACGGGAUGCAUUUCUAAUAAAUUUCAAAUACAGGUUGAGUAAAAAGAAAAGGAAACCCAAAUGUCAGGACCAUUU